AUGGAUGGCGAUCGCCGCAUCAAGCAGCUGCAGCAGUUGAUGGCCCAAUCAAACAAUGCGCCAGAUCGAGGUCGCGGAUUGAAUCGCUUCGAACAGGCCAUGCGCACACGUGGAGAUCUCACGGGAAUCUCACAGGCGCCAGAGCGCACGACCAUGUCUUACGAUUAUGGCUACACAGGGAAUGCCUUUUCCGGGGGCUCAUUACAGCCCAGCGACAUGCAAGCCUUUGCGUCGGAAUAUAUGCGACCACGUCAUGCUCCUUUCAUGAAUCAACUCUCCCAGCGAUCUGUACAAGCUCAAUUUGCCCAGCAACAGCAGCAGCAGCAGCAGCAGCAGCAGCAGCAUCAAAAUCAACAUCAUCAUCACCACCACCACCACCAGCAAGCCCAUCAACAACACCAACAUCAGCAUCAGCAUCAGCAUCAAUCGCAAAAUGUCUCCUCACAACUCCAUCAAACGAGCCCAAAUUCAACUCACCAUUUUAAUCGACGACGCGCCGCUGCUGAAUCCAUUCCAUUGGUUCCAUACGAUUCAGCCAUGCUGUACAGCUUCAGCCACCAACAAAGUUCAACUCACGGAUCCUUUGACGAGGUUCCACAGUUCUCGACACGGCAGUCGACAAGGAUGGACGCCCUAUCACAUCAGAUCGCCAUCCCACAGUACUUUUCAGACGAGAGCGCUGGAACCGGGAUUCCAGGCCUUUCCCCAUACCUGAAUGCUAUUUCAUAUAAUGAACCCGAUUCCAUGGCGCGAUCCAGUGCCGGGCAAUCCUUCCCAACUGUUUUGGCCGAAUAUACGCCGAUGGAAGGUGAACCUUCGACGCACUCGGACCCGCAGCCUGUUCAAUCGUCAACACUGGAGCAGUCGCAAGCGCAGAUUGAUCCCCAUGCGAAAUCGUCAGAUGAUCAGUUCGAGCAUCCGGAGUAUCAACGAGCUUUGUGCAGUACUUUGGAUCAGAUACGUGCUGGAAGUUUAGUGCAUGCGAGUCGAUCAAUACUGGAGAUUUCCGAAUGGCUUGUUACGAAUGCACUGGAUCUUGGACUUUUGAGUGACAACCACAAGCAACACUCCCGGCGCCUCCAGUUCUGGAAUGACUUCAACAUCUGCUGGCUUGCCCUCUGUCAGAAGCAGAAGAAUCUUACUCAAGACAUCAUCACCACCGGUCACCAGCCAUCCUCCACGACUCUGCUCAGCCGCGAUCGCAUGGAAGAGAUCGGCAAAGAUUUGAUUCAUUUCUGCGACCAGUUGGAGCAGCACGGACUGGUUGAUUAUCAGAUGGGUAUUUGGGAGGAGGAAAUUCUUUCCGGUAUCAAGCGAGGUUUCCGAUCUACGGGUCUGCGUCUUGUUACGGGGCUUUACCGUGGUCGGGACUAUGCUAAUAUUGUACGUCUUGACUCGAUAGUCCUCGGCCAGUGUCUCGAUUUAAUAGUGGAUAAGCCUGAGCUGCUCCGCAUCCCAGCGACCCCGGAACCUGCUUUGGCAACGCAGCGAUCAUGA